CACAAAGGCACAAAAAGCUACAAAAGCAAACUGAAAAUCAGCUGUCUCAAAACAUUUUUCUUUUUUUGAUUUUUAUUUUGUUUUGCGCGAUAAAAAGGCCAUAAAUGCCUUUCCAUUUCUAGAUAAAAAGUGUCGAGUGUAGAGCUGGCAUUCAACCGUGGAACAUGGAGAGCUUGCAGGUGAGCACGAGCAGCGGCCCGGUGCGAGGAAAACUGCGCACAGGUGUGUACGGCGGCGAGUACGUCAGUUUCGAGCGGAUUCCGUACGCGCAGCCGCCACAGGGACCGCUCCGCUUCAAGGCACCGCUGCCCGUAAAGAGCUGGACCCAACCGCUGGACUGCACCAAGCAGGGCGAGAAGCCCCUGCAGUUUAACCACUACACCAAACAACUGGAGGGCGUCGAGGAUUGCCUGUACCUGAAUGUCUUCGCUAAGCAGCUAAACUCGACGAGCCCCUUGCCGCUGAUUGUCUACUUUUUUGGCGGAGGUUUCGAAAAGGGCGACCCCACCAGGGAACUGCACAGUCCAGACUACUUUAUGAUGCGCGAUGUGGUUGUGGUGACGGUUUCCUAUCGCGUGGGUCCCCUGGGAUUCCUGAGCUUGAACGACCCUGCAGUUGGAGUGCCCGGGAAUGCUGGACUCAAGGAUCAACUCCUAGCGCUGCAAUGGAUCAAACAGAAUGCGGCAAAUUUCAAUGCGGAUCCCAACAACGUUACUGCGUUUGGAGAAAGUGCCGGAGCUGCGUCCGUCCAUUAUCUAAUGCUUAAUCCCAGGGCCGACGGUCUGUUCCACAAGGCCAUCCUGCAGUCGGGCAAUGUGCUCUGCUCCUGGGCCCUCUGUCCCAUCAAGAACCUACCCCAUCGGUUGGCUGCCAACCUGGGAAUGGACAGUGCCGAGCAUGUGACCGACAUCAUGGUCCUAGACUACCUGCAGAGUUUGCCGGGGGAGAAGCUCGUUCAACCGUAUCUACUCAGCGAAGCGGAGCACCUGGACGAUUGCGUCUUCCAAUUCGGACCUAUGGUGGAGCCGUAUAAAACGGAGCACUGUGUGUUGCCCAAACCUCCACAGGAUUUGCUGCACGAGGCCUGGGGAAACAGGAUUCCGGUGCUGAUGAGCGGCACUUCCUUCGAGGGACUGCUGAUGUACGCCCGUGUGCAAGUGGCUCCGUAUCUGCUGACCAGUUUGAAGAAGGAACCGGAGCACAUGCUGCCGCUAGAUGUGAAGCGGAAUCUGCCCCAGGCACUGGCUCGACAUCUGGGCCAGCGACUCCAGGAGACGCACUUUGGCGGUAGCGACCCCUCGUCCAUGUCGCCGGAAUCUUUGAUUGCAUAUUGCGAGUACGCCAGCUACAAGGUCUUUUGGCAUCCUAUCCUGAAAACGGUGAAGUCCCGACUCAGCAACUCGAAGGCGCCCACAUAUCUGUACCGCUUCGACUUCGACUCGCCCACGUUCAAUCACCAGCGAUUGAAGUACUGCGGGGACAAGUUGCGCGGCGUGGCCCACGUCGACGAUCACUCUUACCUGUGGUACGGCGACUUUUCCUGGAAGCUGGACAAGCACACGCCCGAGUUUCUGACCAUUGAGCGAAUGAUUGACAUGUUGACAAGCUUUGCGAUGACCUCGAAUCCGAACUGCAAGCACAUCAAGGAUCAGCUUCCUCGCGCCAAGGAAUGGAAGCCCUUGAGCAGCAACUCCGCUUUGGAGUGCCUCAACAUAUCUGAGAACAUUAAGCUGAUGGAACUGCCGGAGCUGCAAAAGCUCAGGGUCUGGGAGAGUGUAUGCCAAUCAUCGGACUACACCGAAACUUCGCCGAUAGUGCAGACGACACAUGGAAAAGUGAAAGGAAUUCUGCUUAAGUCGCUGUACGACGAGCAGUUCUACGCUUUCGAUGGCAUCCCAUAUGCUGUUCCUCCGCUCGGAACUCUGCGAUUCAAGGAACCGCACGACCUGAAGCCGUGGCAUGGUAUUCGAGACUGCUCUAAGCCGUCAAACAAGUGCCUGCAAGUGAGCUCCUAUACCAAGAUGGUGGAGGGCUCCGAGGAUUGCCUAUAUCUGAAUAUUUCAGCGAAAACUCUGCUCGGCGAACCCAUGCCCAUUAUGGUCUAUAUCCAUGGAGGUGCUUUUAAAGGCGGCGAUUCUUCGAGGCGAGCUUGGGGUCCUGACUAUUUCAUGAAGGAAAGGGUUCUUUAUAUCAGCAUCGGGCACCGACUGGGACCUUUGGGCUUUCUCAGUUUUGAGGAUCCCUCGCUCGAGAUCCCUGGCAAUGCUGGUCUAAAGGACAUAAUCCUGGCUCUUCAGUGGAUUAGGGCGAAUGCCGCCAAGUUCAAUGGUGACCCGGAUAGAAUAACCAUUUUCGGUCACAGCUCCGGCAGCAUGGCAGUUCAGCUCCUGUUGGCCAGUCCCCAAACAGAAGGGCUCUUCCACAAGGCCAUCCUUAUGGCGGGUUAUUCGAUGGAACUGAAUAGCCUGCCUCACUUGGAAUUCCGACUGGCCAAACAUUUGGGAUACGAGGGAGAGAAUAUCGAUGGCCCGGUUCUAGAGUUCCUCCUGAAGGCAGAUCCGCAUCUGCUUGUCUCUGCGGAUUUUUUCACUCCAGCGGAGAAAGGUCAGGGUCAUGUCAUUGCUUUCAAGCCCAGCAUUGAGAGGUAUGCCACCCCAAAAGCUGUUCUCCAAGCGGAACCCGUCGACCUCCAGCGUACUGCUUGGAGCAAUCGCAUCCCCAUUAUCUUGGGCGCGAACAGUGGCGAGGGCUUGUCCACAAUGAAUUUCCUUAAAUUGAACCCUACUUGGCUGAGGGACCUCCAGCAAAACCCGGAGCGGGCGUUGCCUUGGACUCUGCGGAAUCACUGUGAUCCCGGCCAGCGGCGUCAGUUGGGGCAGGCGCUGAUCAAUCACUUCUGCCAGGCCCAUGGACAUAAGCUGACUUCGAAUCACACCGACGCAUUGACGGACCUCUUUACUCACAGCAUGGUGCAUUCCAUGGACCGAUUAAUCCAGUCCAGGUUGGUCCACGGCCAGGCAUCCACUUACCUCUACCGCUUCGAUUUCGAUUCACCAGACUUUAACUUCUACCGGAUUCGCUUUAUGGGAAAGGAGCAGCGGGGGGUCUCUCAUGUGGACGAGCUGGGAUAUAUUUUUGUGAUCCCAGCCACCUUUAAAUUGGACAAUUCUCGACCGGAGCUCACCGCCAUCUGCCGAAUGGUAGCCAUGUUCGUGGAAUUUGCCGCUACCUCGGAUCCCAAUGCACUCCUCACUAAACCUCUGGUGGAGUGGAAGCCAGUCACUCGAUUCGGAAAACGAAUGGUCCUCAACAUUAGUGAGGAAUUAAAAUUUAUUCCCCAACCAGAGAUGCUUAAGCUUAAGUUUUUUGAUCGGCUUUGCUUUGGCUUUGACUUUGCAAAAUUACGUUCUACUCAUUUAACAGACAACACGCGCUGCAAUCGGACGAUGUCGGAGGGCCAGGAAACUUGCGAACUUACUCUGCCCCUGGGCCAAAUUAAGGGCGUUAAACGCCGCAGCCUCUACGAUGACACCUACUUCAGCUUCGAGAAGAUCCCCUUUGCGAAGCCCCCAUUGGGAGAACUGCGGUUCAAGGCCCCAGUGCCGGCAGAUGCAUGGAGCGGAGUCUUGGAUUGCACCCACUUUGCGGAGAAGCCAACUCAGAGGAAUUUAAUGACUAGAGAUAUCGAAGGUAUUGAGGACUGCCUGUAUCUAAACGUCUAUUCCAAGCAGUUAAAGAGUGACAAGCCAUUGCCGGUAAUGGUCUACAUUUAUGGCGGGGCCUUCACCAUAGGUGAGGCAACCCGCGAACUCUACGGCCCGGACUAUUUUAUGGCCAAAGAUGUGGUUCUGGUGACUCUCAACUAUCGUGUUGAUUGUUUGGGAUUUCUCUCCCUCAAGGAUCCCAGCCUAAAGGUUCCCGGAAAUGCAGGCCUUAAGGACCAGGUGCUCGCACUCAAGUGGGUCAAGCAGAACAUUUCCAACUUCAAUGGCGAUGAUAAAAAUAUCACGGUUUUCGGAGAAAGUGCCGGUGGCUGUUCUACUCACUUUAUGAUGUGCUCGGAGCAGGCCCGGGGACUGUUCCACAAGGCCAUUCCCAUGUCGGGCACAGUGCACAAUUACUGGUCAGAUAGUCCGAGAGAGGACUUCGCCUUCCGCCUGGCUCAGCAGCAUGGUUUCACUGGGGAAAAUAAUGACGCCAAGGUGUUGGAGCACCUCCGAGGACUUCCUGCUAGAGAUUUAGUAAACCACAAUCUGAUAAAUCCUGGACAUCACAGGAAUGGUGUGUUGUUCGCAUUUGGACCCACGGUGGAGGCGUAUGUGGGUGACGACUGUGUGGUUCCCAAGCCGCCAGUGGAAAUGGCACGUGAUGCGUGGUCCAACAAUUUGCCCACCAUGCUGGGUGGAACUUCAUUUGAGGGUCUCUUCAUGUACCCAGCUGUAUCUGCCAAUCUCAAGGCAUUGGAUACUCUGAAUCAGGAUCCCACAAGGUUGGUGCCGCGGGAUGUGCGGGACGUCAGUAACGAGGAGGAGAAUCUUGAGUACGGUCGGCGACUGCUCAAAGCAUACUUCGGAGAUUCCUUACCCAGUUCAGAGCGCUUCAUGAAUAUCCUCGAUUUCUACUCGUAUAAGGUCUUCUGGCAUGGCUUCAAUCGCGCUUUGAACGCAAGACUCGCCUAUGCAAAGGCACCAACAUACUACUACCGCUUCGAUUUUGACUCUCCGAACUUCAACUUUUUUCGGGCGAAGUUCUGUGGGGACAACAUUAAGACUGGUGUGGCCCAUGCCGAUGAUUUAAGUUACUUGUUCAGGAACGCGGGAUCUUGGAAACUGGAAAAGUCAUCUGCUGAAUACCGCACCAUCGAACGGAUGAUUGGUAUUUGGACGGCUUUCGCAGCGACCUCCAAUCCCAACUGCCCUGAAAUUGGUCAUUUGGAGUGGAACCCUUCAACGAAGGAUAAUCCCAAGUCAGUUCUCAAUAUCAGUAACGAUGUGAAGAUAAUUGAUUUGCCCGAGUAUGAAAAACUUCAAAUUUGGGAUGGCAUCUACAAGCCGGAUCAAUUGAUUUAACCAAGCAUUUCUAAAGUCAAUAUUCCAUAAUAGGUUUUGAGAAAGGUGCUCAUUAAAAAGUUGCUAUGUCUAACUAUAUUUUGUUAUUAUUUAACUAGGCAGCAUUGAUAAUAAAACGGGUUUCUCAAUUUCAAAA